UGAACUGCGGACCCUCGCGUUUGGCUGCGACUGAGGCCAUGAUGAGAUGUUAAAAACAGGCUGAGAGACAAAAACAGAAGAGCAUUGAAACAUCGACCAUCACAUAAAGCCGUCAUGGCGGAAUCACAGACCGGUUGCGAUCGCUUUGUUCUCGGAAUGGAUCUGGGCACCACAUCGGUGAAAGUGGUGCUGUUGGAAGCGCAGUCAAAGACAGUGACAGAGAGCAGGAGCUUCACUACAAACGCUGAUAUCAGCAGCAGCACACACACACAUGCCAAAGAGCAGGAUCCUGCACUUAUAAUUGCCGCUCUGGACCAGUGCAUGGCUGCUUUGCCUAAAGACAAGCUGAAAAAAGUCAAGUUCAUUGGAGUAUGUGGACAAAUGCAUGGCAUUGUGUUGUGGAAAUCUAACUCAGGCUGUGAAUGGCAGAGUAAAGAUGGCAUCACCAGAUUCAGUCCCAAAGAUGUCAGUCAGCUGAUCACAUGGCAGGACGGGCGCUGCGACUUUGACUUCCUGUCGGCUUUACCUAAACCAGAUUCACACCUGAGUGUGGCCACCGGCUUCGGCUGUGCCACGGUCUUCUGGUAUAUGAAACACAGGCCCGAGUUCCUGUCAGGCUUCAGUGAUGCAGGAACCAUUCAAGACUAUGUGGUUUCCAUGUUGUGCAGCCUUGACAAGUGUGUGAUGACUGGACAAAAUGCUGCCAGCUGGGGCUACUUCAACACAGCCACUAACCAAUGGAACACACACAUUCUGAAGGAUGCAGGUUUCCCUGUGCACCUCUUGCCUGUGCUGGUGGAUUCAGGACGUGUGGCUGGUCAUACUUCCUGUGAAUGGUACGGCAUUCCUGCUCACACAGCGGUCGGGGCGGCACUAGGAGACUUCCAGUGUAGUGUGUACUCCUGCAUAACUGACAGAGGACACGCAGUGUUGAAUAUGAGUACUUCAGCCCAGCUGACGUUCAGGAUGCCAGCUGAA